AUGUAUUCUCCAUACCUUCUUGGGUAUCUCCCAGAUACUACAUGGUCCAAGGCACUCUCCACCGCGGCACUCGUGCUAGCCACCUACCUCCUCGCCGUCCUGCUCCACGCCCAGCUGCUCCACCCGCUGCGCAAGUACCCAGGCCCCCUGUACGCGCGCUUCACGCGCAUCCCCUUCUGGACCGCCAGCCUCCGCGGCCACGGCCACACCUUCCUCCACGCCCUCCACGAGAGACACGGGCUCGUGGUGCGCUACAGCCCCAGCGCCGUCUCCUACACCGAGCCACAGGCAGCGGCCGGCCGGCGCGAGAACCCCAAGGCAUCCUGGUUCCAGCUGCCAGCGUACAAUGGCGUCCCCAGCAUCUUUGCGGUCCCCGACGGCGGCGGGCACGCCAGGGUGCGCCGGGCGUUCGCGCCUGCGUUCUCGGAGCGCAGCCUCAAGGCGCAGGAGGGCCUCUUCCGGCGGUAUGCCGACCUCCUCGUCGCCAGGGUGCGGGAGCAGGCCGGCGAGGAUGAGCGGGUCGAGAUGGUCAGGAUGCUGAACUACACGGCCUUCGACAUCAUGGCCGAGCUGUGCUUCGGCGAGCCCCUCGGGCUCCUGGGGAUGAUGGACUACAGCCCCUGGGUGGCGUCUGUCUUUGCCGCGGUCAGGAUGCUGCCGUUCCUGCAGAUCUGUGCGUAUUACCCCGUGCUGGGGCGUCUGUUGCACUGGCUCGAGCCGGGCUGGGCGAGGGAGAUGAGGGGCGCCCACUUCAGGCACUCGGCGGACCGCGUGGACCGCCGGCUUGCGGACGGGAGCGACAAACCUGACAUUUGGAACCUGCUGUUGUCGGAGGACGGCAAGGGGCACCGGCUCACGCUGGACGAGAUGCACUCGAACGCCGAGGGCUUCAUGCUGGCGGGCACGGAAACGACGGCCACGCUGAUGAGCGGCCUCCUGUACCACCUCCUCACGAACCCGGACAAGCUCGCCCUCCUCCGCGCCGAGGUGGCGGCGUACCGCUCGCCGGCCAACUUCAUGCGCCCGGGCCGCUUCGCGCCCGAGAAGUGGCUGGGCGAUGCCGAGUACGCCGCGGACAGGAGGGACGCCCUCCAGCCCUUCUCGUUUGGGCCCCGCAACUGCGUCGGGGUGAGCUUUGCCUGGCACGAGGUGAGGCUUGUCGUCGGCAGGCUCGUCUUCAGCUUUGACUUUGAGCUUUGUGAGGAGAGUCGUGAUUGGGCGAGGCAGAGGGUCUUUGUCCUCUGGGAGAAGAAUCCUUUGUAUCUACGUGUCAAACCUUUUGGUGAGGUGAGGGCCCAGUAG